AUGAAAGGACUUAUUUUAGUAGGAGGUUACGGUACCAGAUUGAGACCAUUGACCUUGACAUUGCCAAAGCCUUUGGUGGAAUUUGGAAACAGACCCAUGAUUCUUCACCAAAUCGAGGCUUUGGCGGCUGCUGGUGUCACCGAUAUUGUGUUGGCUGUCAACUACAGACCCGAGGUGAUGGUGUCUACCCUCAAGAAGUACGAGGAGGAAUAUGGUGUGUCCAUCACUUUCUCGGUGGAAGAGGAACCUUUGGGUACUGCUGGUCCUUUGAAGUUGGCUGAAAAAGUGUUGAAAAAAGACAACUCACCAUUUUUCGUGUUGAACUCGGACGUGAUCUGUGAAUACCCAUUCAAGGAGUUGGCUGAUUUCCACAAGGCUCACGGUGCUGCUGGUACUAUUGUGGCCACCAAGGUGGACGAACCAAGUAAGUACGGUGUGAUUGUCCACGACAGAGACACCCCCAACUUGAUCGAUCGUUUCGUGGAAAAGCCAGUGGAGUUUGUUGGUAACAGAAUCAACGCGGGUUUGUACAUCUUGAACCCUUCGGUCAUCGAUAUGAUCGAGAUGAAACCCACCUCCAUCGAAAAGGAAACCUUCCCCAUUUUGGUGGAACAAAAACAAUUGUACUCGUUCGACUUGGAAGGUUUCUGGAUGGACGUUGGUCAACCCAAGGACUUUCUUUCCGGUACAGUGUUGUACCUUACCUCGUUGGCCAAGAAGUCGCCAGAAAAACUCUCUAAUGAAAAGUUUGUGCAUGGCGGAAACGUCUUGAUCGACCCAUCGGCCAAGAUCCACCCUUCGGCGUUGAUUGGACCUAAUGUCACCAUCGGACCAAAUGUGGUUGUUGGUGAGGGAGCCAGAAUCCAAAGAUCGGUGUUGUUAGCCAACUCCGAGGUUAAGGACCACGCUUGGGUCAAGUCCACUAUUGUGGGUUGGAACUCGCGUAUCGGUAAGUGGGCUAGAACCGACGGUAUCACCGUGAUGGGAGACGAUGUCGAGAUCAAAAACGAAAUCUACGUCAACGGUGCCAAGGUGUUACCCCACAAGUCCAUCUCCGCCAACGUUGAGCAUGAGUCCAUUAUCAUGUAA